ACAGUGCGGCGCAACAACGUCACUUCCGCUUGUUUGGGAGGCUCGAGGAACGAGGACGCUUCCGUGCGUUUCAGCUGCUUGUUUACUUCGGAUGGACCCGGUAAAGUAAUAAAAUAAACAAUUUCGCGUACUUCAAAGUUUCGCACGAGGCAUCGAGCCCUUCUGUGAGCGUAAACAGAGGUUUAACGACACUGUUUUUGAGGAAAAAGUGGAAUGAAUAAGUUGAGGACUGUGGAGCAUAAACCACAAGUGAAAACAAGCAGGACCAUAUGAAACUUCCGCCAGAAAAUGGCUACGCCGGCAGUAGUUUCCACGGAUGGAUCGAGCUCCAGUACUCCUGGAAAUCGAAAUAUGGCUUCUUCAGAGCUUCUUAGCAUCUCUGGUUCAUCCCAGACAAACAAAAAGACCAUGGGCCACCGAGGGAUUGACCCCACUGGGGAAACCACAUAUAAAAAGACAACAUCAUCUGCUCUGAAAGGUGCCAUUCAGCUGGGCAUCACACACAGUGUGGGAAGCUUGAGCCAAAAGCCAGAAAGAGAUGUGCUCAUGCAGGACUUUGAAGUGGUAGAAAGCAUCUUCUUUCCCAGUCAAGGCAGUUACUCAACUCCAGGUCAUCACCAUGGUGACUUCAAGUUUAAAACUUAUGCUCCCAUUGCAUUCCGCUACUUCAGAGAGAUGUUUGGGAUCAGACCUGAUGACUACCUGUACUCUCUUUGCAAUGAACCCCUUAUCGAGUUGUCUAAUCCUGGAGCGAGCGGGUCUCUCUUCUACGUUACUAGUGAUGAUGAGUUUAUCAUUAAGACGGUACAACACAAAGAGGCAGAAUUCUUGCAAACACUCCUGCCAGGUUACUUCAUGAACCUGAACCAGAACAUGCGUACGCUGCUUCCCAAGUUCUACGGCCUCUACUGUGUUCAGGCUGAGGGGAAGAACAUCCGAAUUGUAGUGAUGAACAACCUGCUGCCACGCGCUGUCCCCAUGCACCUUAAAUUCGACCUGAAGGGCUCAACGCACAAGCGACGUGCUUCGCCGAAAGAGAGAGCCAAGAAUUUGCCCACGUGCAAAGACCUAGAUUUCAUGCAGGACAAUCCUGAAGGCAUAUUGCUGGAGAGUGACCACUACAGCGCCCUCUGCAAGACCAUUCAGAGAGACUGUCGGGUACUACAAAGCUUUAAAAUCAUGGACUACAGUCUGCUGGUGGGUAUCCACAACUUGGACCAGGCCGGUGAAGAGGCGUCUGCUGCAGUGCCUGAUACCCAGAAAAAGGCACCAGGCCAGAAGCCCCUAUACUGUACAGCCAUUGAGUCUAUUCAAGGGGAAUCCAAGGGCAAGACUUCACCACAGCCCUACGAAAGCAUGGGAGGAAUUCCAGCAUUUAAUUCUAAAGGAGAAAGAUUGCUGGUUUUCAUCGGCAUCAUUGAUAUUCUUCAGUCUUAUAGGCUUGUAAAGAAGUUGGAGCACUCGUGGAAAGCUUUCCUGCAUGAUGGGGACACUGUAUCUGUUCAUCGGCCGAGUUUUUACGCAGAUCGUUUUCAGAAAUGUAUGUGCAGUACAGUCUUCAAAAAACCUCCUUUGAAAAUGUCACCCUCAAAGAAAAGUCGAGGAGGAACUGUGUCUUGUGGGAAGAAGUCAAACAUUGCAGUAUCUGGACAAUCACAACAAUCCCUUCCUGUAGCAGCAGAACAAACACAGCCACAACAGACUACAGCGCAGCUGUCCAGCAGUGGAGCUGUGUCCCUGAGCCCAGACACUCAAGGAGACAGAGGUGUGCAGACUACUCGUCCUGACCUGCUCCCACAACAGCUUAAUGAAGAUGAGAUCACAAGUAGCUCAGCUGAUACGACCCUGUCAGCAACCUCGCCUGUAAGCUCUCGGCCCUCAAACACUCCAGCUCUGAGUCACAGCAGUAUAGCUGCCCAAUCAUUCGGAGAAAGCUUGGAUGUGGAAGCCAUUUCACUCAGUGAGAUUGUUCCUCAGACAAGCACAUCAGAAUGAAAGACUUUGGAUGAACAGGACAAAGUAAAGCCUUCAAGGACAAAGAUUUGUUCUCUUUUAAGGACAUCAGAACAGGAAGAAAAAGAAAAACAUUAAAGUAAGAUGGUCUUGCUGUAAACACCUGGGAAACUGGAAACCAGAGAAUCUGGAUAACAAAAGAGAGAAGUGCACGUUCAUAAAACAGUAAAGAUAAAGAUGUUCUUCCCCCUUUUUUAUGUAUUUUUUGGAUGUCAACAGUAUGGCAUCCAAUAUUGCUGCUAAGAAAUAGAACCAAAAGAAAGAUGCCACUGUAGUACCUCAACAGUGUGAUAUCACUGUUCUCAAACAGUGCCAUAUUUACAAGAACUUUUUGAACCUGAGAAUGUUCACAGCAGAAGUAAAGUGAUGAGAACUUUGCAUCUUGUGACCCGCUCUUAGGGAACAAACAGGUCUUUUGAGUACCUCGGUGAGAGUUUUCUAGUGGACUUCAUUUGACCAUGCAUCUUUUUUUCUCUUAAUUUGCCAAGGAGACCAAUCUGCAGGGGUCAUGUUAUUUACUUUGCUAAGGGAAGAAAAGAAGUCUGGUUGAUUUUGAGUUUUUAUUGCCUAUUUUAAAGACAUUUUAGGGAUAUGGCAUGAUUAUUAACAACAACAACGGAAAAAAUUGUAGAAUGAGUCGAGCCAGAUCAGGUUGCCCGAACAAUCACAUAAGACACUUUUUCAAAUCUGAAUUUAUAAAAUCUGUACGACUUGGGUUUUAUGAAUCGAUUUGAUUGCAAUACUGUGAUAUUGUAUUGGAUAUUUAAAUGUGCCUUAAUCACAAGUUAUUUUGCCUUGUCAUAAACGGGAAGCCUUUUUCUGUGCAUGAUGCCUGUGAGUGGAUUGUGCACAAUUGCAAAAACAAUAUCAGUUGGUCAUGUGUGAUUGUUAAAAUAUAAUGAAUUAAAAAUAUAUAUUUGGAGCUUUCCAAGAAAAUGCUUUCCCCAGUCUUGUUUGCUUUACAUUGUUAGGAAAAAAGAGCGAGGAAAAAAAAACAAACAAACAAAAAAAACACAGGGUAAAAAGAUCACUUUUGUAACAAUGGAAGAAAUAUUAUAUACCAUAUAUAAAUUCAAUAUUUCGGUUUGCGGGACACAUUUUUAAAAUGGUUGUUUUUUUAGCGCACAAUAAUACUUCACAUUUGGCAGACUAACUACUGUAAAAUAAUACAUAGCAUCUGUACUGUCUUCAGUAUUUUUUUAUGUUUACUUAAACUGGGUAGAAUAGAAACUUCUCUUAAGGUCUCGGUUUUGUGAAGAGAAUUGAAAUCAAACUAAACUAAAUCCUAAACCAAAACCUUUUUU